UCAAAUAAACGUCAAGUCAAGAUUAAUCAAAUUAAGAUAAGCCGAGAAAAGGAAAUUGUAACUUAUUGAGUGUGUUUUGGAUUUAAAUAUAUUUUAUUGUUGAUAUUUCUGCCUAAAUUGAGUUAAAAUUUUCAUAUAGUUGUUAUCACAAUCAUAUCGGUCAGCAUGAAUCCCAUGUCAAUGGACAGAGACGAACCAUCGUCCUUGUUGUCGUUCUCCACAAACCAUCCACUGGAGCAAUUUGUGCUGCUGGCCAAAGGUGCCAAGGGCUCAGCUUGUGCCGAACUCAUAAAACAAGUCCUAGAAGCUCCGGGCGUACACGUAUUUGGAGAAUUACUGGAAAUGCCGAACAUACAAGAGUUGGAGACAGGGCCAUAUGCAACUCACUUCAAAACACUAAAUCUCUUUGCAUAUGGCACUUACAAGGACUAUUUGAAAAAUAAGUCAGAUUACCUAGAGUUAAACCCGAUACAGUGCAAGAAACUACAGCAUCUCACGAUUGCAACCCUCGCCACACAAGAGAAGUGUAUUCCUUACAGUGUGCUGCUCAAAGAACUGGACAUCAAAAAUGUUAGGGAUUUAGAAGAUCUCAUUAUAGAAGCAAUAUAUGCAGAUAUAAUCCACGGUAAAUUGGACCAAGAAUGCAAGCGGGUGGAAGUGGAUGUGGCACUCGGGCGGGACGCUCGUCUAGAAGAUGCCGCCUCCAUAGCAGACGUGCUCGCGGACUGGUGCAACUCUUGCGAGGCCGUCCUCAGUUCUGUAGAUAGGCACAUUCAGAGGGCUAAUAAUCACAAGCAAAAAUCAAUAAGGCACCAGCAAACUGUUGAGCAGGAAAUCAUGUUCGUGAAAAAGACCUUAAGAGCUCAAGCCGAGGAAGAAAACGCGUCGGGAGUGACUGAAACUCACGCAGCCCCAAAAAAAAACUCCGGCAAAGGAAAAACACCACGGAAUGCAGCUAAAUUCUGGCAGAAGAGCACUUAAAUAGUUAUUAUACUUUUGUGAUAAGGUUAAUAAAUAAAAUGGCUUAUAAACUUGGAA